AUGCCUCGUGUGAAGGCACCAAAUCCUUCUCAUUUGAGCUUGCUUGUCAGUCAGGACUCUCAAAUUCUUGAAGGUGAUCAAGGGUCCCAAAAUGACUUUGAGGACAUUUCUGCUGAUAUCAUCACACUUGGUGACUCUCCAGAACAAAUUAUCAUCGAUGAUGAUGAUGACGAUGAAGUCAUUGUCAUUCCGAAGCUGGAGACCUCUACAGAAGAAUCGUACAUCCAGACCUCAACUGAUCCAGUGGAUUUAGCAUUGAAGGAAUGUAGCUUCUAUGUGCCUUUGUCCCGGACAUCUAGGAUCAAAUCAAAAGAGUUUUGCGCUUUCCUUGGUGAACUAAAAUUAGAGUUGGCAGACUCUACUCAAGGUGAUUUGCCAGACCGUGAACAGUCCUGGUUGUAUGUGAGUGAACAAGAAGGGUUUUCCUUAUUUUAUUAUGAGUGGACCAAAGAGAAUGGAGGUGAGAAGAGGAGAUCCAAGAAGAAGGAGAUUGAGAGACAUUAUUACAAGAUUAGGGGAUGCUUACCCUCUCGUGCUCUUGCAGAGUCCAGAAGACAUUUCCAGCCCAAGUCCAGGGACAGCCUAGAGCCAUUAUUCUCUUGGAUCAAGGAGAAUCGUAAGCCUUUGCUGAUCAAUAGAGAUGUCCAGCAUCCUAGUCUCCUUCCCCUAUUGAGACCUUACCAGGUGGAUGCUGUUCGGUGGAUGCUUCAUCGGGAAGGAGUUGGGCACUUUAAUAUAUCUGAUGGUGAUGAAGAAGGGAAGUCCAUGCACUGCCUUUAUCAGGAGAUAGAGGUGCUGCAGGUUGUCUCAGAGGGAGAAUACAGAAAGAUUCCUCUUUAUUACAAUCAAUACAAUGGAUAUUUGAUGAAAGAACAACCUGUGGUGCCACCUCCAACUCAAGGAGGGAUCUUGGCCGAUGAAAUGGGUCUUGGCAAGACAGUGGAAGUGUUAGCCUGCAUGCUCUGCCAUCCUUGCCCCAAUGUUCCCCUCCCUGAUUGGCUGCCUCCACUCACCAAGGUUGCUGAGGAGGCAAUGAAGAAAGAGGACAGCCAAUCAAACCUUCAGAGUUCCCAGAAGGAACAUUCUUAUUGCAGAGACAAACUAGAUAGAGAACAGGCUUGUAGGGAAGAUAUAGUAAAUGAAGCAGAGAGGGAAGAUGGAGUGAAUGAAGCAGAAAGGGAAGAUAAAGUGAAUGAAGCAGAGAAGGAAGAUGUAGUGAAUGAAGCAGAGAGAGAAGAUGGAGUGAACGAAGCAGAGAAUGGCAAUGAAUCCAUAAAUGAACCUUAUGCCCUGAAAUCAUUUCAAGGCUGUGAAAUGCUACAAGUUCAGGCCCACGUUGAACCAGCUUUCUUGCAGCAUGCAGCCUGGGAUGCCCCCAGUACUUCCAAGGCAUUCUUGGAUGAAGUGAAUCUGAACAAUCCUAUUGACAUGGAAUGUGCAAAUCUGCAGGAAGAGGAGUGUGGCAGUACUGUCAAAGUAGAAUCUUCCCCUGAUGUAGCAGAAUCCUUGCAAAGAAGCUGUGUUGAAAGUGUUCCUAAUGGUGAAUUUGAGAAAGAUGACUAUAUUGGAGUGCAGAAAAUGUCUCCAAGUCAAAAUGAUCAACAACUGUGCAAGACUGUUGAAUGUGAGGAUUCCAGGUCAAAUUUCACUAACAGGGAGACAUAUGACACAGUUGCCACUGUCAUAGAAGAAGUGAUUCACAAGUCUGGUGCUAGGAGGAUCAAGGCCACGCCCAGGAACAAACCCAGACCAUCAAAGAGGAGGGUGAAGGGUAAUAGAAAAGGGAAAAAGGAUGGGAAGGUCAAGAAAAAGGUGACGAGAAAGCGUGGAAUGAGUGACCGCCAGAAACUGACACUUUUGUAUGAGGCCACAAUUGGGAUAUUGAGUGGAACAAAGAAACUAGAGAUGGACUCAGAGCGGCGGGAACGUAACCGGGAGUUCUUCAAGACACGGGUGCAGCGCAAGACGUUCUUUGAGUGCAAGUGUGGGGCUCACGAAAGCGAAGAUGAUGGGAAGGGGAAGAUCAGGGUCCAAUGUUGCCAAUGUGGACUGUGGCAGCAUGCCGAAUGCUUCAGGUACAACGUGGCUGAUCCCAGGCGUGGACACUACUUUUGCUCUCACUGCUGGAUUCAACAGGAACCAGUUGUGUCUGGAGCUACAUUGAUUGUGUCCCCUGCAUCCAUUAGCAUGCAGUGGGUUGAGGAGAUACAAAAGCACACCAAACACCAGGAUGUCAAACUCCAUGUAUACCGUGGUGUUUAUCAGGAGGGAUACAUCCAGCCAAGGACACUGGCCCACUGUGACAUUGUCCUCACUACUUAUGAUAUUCUCUGCAAGGAGUUGGACUACAUUGAUCUCCCGCACACAAAUAGUGAAGCUGGUCGAACAUUCCGUCACCCAAAGCGCUUCAUGGCAGUUGCAAGCCCUCUGCCAUGUGUCCAGUGGUGGCGAGUAUGCCUAGAUGAGGCCCAGAUGGUCGAAGGGAUCCACACCCGACCAGCUGAAAUGGCCUCGCGUCUUGCAGCCAUCAACCGCUGGUGCGUCACUGGUACACCUAUCCAGCGCAGCCUCAAAGGCAAGUCAGAAUACAGAGAUGUUAUCAUUUUAGAUUUGUUUGGCCUUCUGCACUUCCUGGGUGUGGAUCCAUAUUGGGAGGAGUUUUGGUGGAAGGAACUUCUGUAUGGGCCAUAUUGCUCCGGGGACCCAGCUCCCUUGUUCAACAUUAUGAGUCAGUUCAUGUGGCGCACAGCCAAGCAGGAUGUCAUAGAUCAGAUCCAGCUGCCAGCCCAAGAUGAAGACAUUCACUGGCUAAGCUUCUCCCCCAUUGAGGAAUACUACUAUCGUCAUCUGCAUGUAGCAUAUGCUGCUCAGGCUCGGGAACGCCUCUGCACUUUCGAUGAAAAUGCAUGUUUAGAUCAACUUGAUCGACAUGUCCUCCAGUGGGCCCUGUCACCCCUGCGGCGACUUCGUCAAGCAUGCUGUCAUCCACUGGCCAUCCGUGGUCAUGGUCAGUCUAUGACCCUCAAUAACACACGCAUGAGUAUGGAGAAACUUCUUGAGCACCUUAUUAAGAAAAACAAGAACGAAGCUGAAGAGAUACAGAGGCAGCUGGUUGCUGCCUUGAAUGGUCUGGCAGCAAUCCACAUGAUCAAAGAAGAAUGGGUGGAGGCUGCAGAGAAGUACCGAGAAGUUCUGCGUUCAGCUGAUGAGCACAAGGACCAAAUCAAAACAGACUCCUUACAGAAACUUCAUGCCCUUCAUAACCUGAGUGAGCUGCUUGAGGCUGGUCAUGCUGACAUUCCACCAACUCUCAGGGAUUCAGAGCUCCGGACUCAGGCCAAAGAGAUUCGGGACAAGUACCUGGAGAAAUAUGCCGCAGAGGUGCAAGCAAGCCACGAGUCCCUGCACCCAAUCCAGGCAGCAAUUCGGGAAUGUGAGGAUGAGAUGAAGGGCCAUUGGGAAUGGUGGGCUGAUCUUCUGGGUAUUUGUAAGGCUGCUGGUGAUGAAGAACGCCUCCUAGCUUCCAUCAAGGAUGAACUCUUCUCUGACAAAAAUUCUUCCACAGGAUUCCUUCGCAACAUUCGUCAGUUGUCGGGACUGGGUUACACACUGGUGGGCCACCUGGAUGAAUUGUCAAAUAUUAGGCGGGAGGUCAUGCAGAGGUUUGACCGCCUCCUUGUUGAGGACACCAGAGACAUGGUGAAUGAAGCUGUCUCCUGUCAUCUGCGUAACCAGCAGGUCCGCAGCAAGAAACGCAAGACUAGCUGUCACCUGUGUAUGUACCAUGAUCUCCUGGAGGACUAUGAGCUGCAACUGUUCAGUGUAGGUACCUACACAGGUCAUGAGACCAUUGAGGCUGAGGGCAGCAAGGAGGGCAUCACUGUUUAUGGGGACCUCCGGCGUGGCAACUGGGAAGGCUCUGAAACUGAAAAAACCCUUCGAACCAUUCUGAAUUUCUCUCGACAUCGUGGACCCUCUGUGGACCUAGUUCAGUAUGGAAAUAUGCACUUGCGUCUUUUUGAGAACCUUCGCAAGGAGUUCAAGGGCCUCCGCAUUGUGUGGAGGAAGGUGUAUGACCAGGUGAGUGCUCUGGAUGAGUUGACGAUGUGCACAACAAGGCUGCGACUGCGCUUCCCGGGUGAGCCCCUGCCUGAAAAGGUCACCAAAAAGAAUCCUCAAGUCAAAGAGUUCUCCUUCAUACUCGAACCUCAUGAGGUUGAGUUGCAUCGGAUGAAGUGUGAGUCAGAGAAGGCAGUGGCAACAAAUGAGCUUCGUCGUCGUUUUGGGCAGCUUCUGUACCUGCAGAACUUAGAAGGCUCUGAUUAUGCCCAGAGAGGUGGGAGCAACCCUGAAUCUUGUCCUGUCUGUCAGCGGACUCUUGGCACUCAGUGGUCAGUGUUGCCCUGUGGGCACUGCUUUUGUGUGGAGUGUAUCCGUGUCCUGGUGACAGAGUAUAGCUGUGGUCCACACCGCAGCUCCAUCCGCUGCCCUGUCUGCCGGGAGUUAACAGGUCAUUAUGAAAUCUCCUAUGUGACAACAGAGGGUGAGGAUGAGGGGCAAGAGGAAAAUGCAGAGCCUCCUGUCUCUAUUGUGGGAAAUCAUUCCACCAAGGUCACAGCUGUGGUGAAGGUCCUCCGCAAGAUCAUCCGUGCUGACCCCACUGCCAAGGCACUUGUUUUCUCAACAUGGGGAAGUGUGCUGGAUGCAAUUGCGGAUGCCCUGGAGGAAAACCACAUCACCUUCAGGAGCCUAAGCCAAAAUGCAAGGUUUCAAGAGAAGAUCUCCUCAUUUCGAGGGAGCAGAGAUAUCAAUGUCCUCCUCCUCCCUGUCCACUCUGGUGCCAAUGGCUUAAACCUCAUUGAGGCCACUCAUGUCCUUAUCACAGAGCCCAUCCUCAACUCAGCUGAGGAACUCCAGGCCAUUGGUCGGGUUCAUCGCAUUGGACAAGACAAGUCAACGGUGGUGCAUCGUUUCAUGGUGAGGGGGACGGUGGAGGAGCGCCUGUAUGAGGUGCUCCGCACCCAUCGUACCACGACAGUGGAGACCGAGGAGUCUGGACAUGCUAAAGGGAAUUCCCUUUCCAUAAAGAGCCUCAAGGCCCUCUUUGGCUCUGACUAGCUGAAAACCUUCUCAAGAAGGUCAGAUUCAUCAAUGAAUCUCAUGUCUUUGAGGGAAUUGUUCUUUCCUCCCCUUCAUUUCUUUUUGUUUGGUGAUUUUUUUCUUCAUUCAUAGUUCUUUUUUACCUCAGUAUGAACUCUGAUCUCAUUUGUGAACUCAUUUUCAUUUUCAAACUGUGGGAAUUCUCCCUGGAUUGCAGGAAGAUAUAAUUUAAGUUGGUGAUUUUUUAAAUGGCAUUUAUAGG